CGCACCAUGAAAAUCAUCCUCGCCGGCGCGACCGGCUUCAUCGGCCAAGAGAUCCUCACCCAGUGCCUAGCUCACCCCUCGAUCACCUCGAUCCUCGUACUGUCGCGUCGCGAACUACCAGAUAACACCAUGCAUCCCAAGCUCCAUGUCCACCACAUGCAAGACCAGGAUUUUGUCUCGUACUCCGACCCGCAGCUCGCCGCCUCUCUCCACGGCGCCGCCGCAUGUAUCUGGACGCUCGGCGUGUCGCCCUCGCGCGUGUCGGCGGACAAAGAGGCCUUCCGGCGGGUGACGCUGGAGUAUACCCGCCAGGCUGCCAAGGCAUUCAACGAGGCCUUUACUGCUUCUUUGACCGGGGCAGAGCGAGAAGAAGGCCCUUCUGCAACCCGUCCAAGAUUCCGAUUCGUGUAUUUUAGUGGGAGGAUGGCGGAGCGCGAUCAGACGAAGUCUUUGUGGGUGAUGGCCGGGUAUCGUCGGUUGAGGGGCCAAGCUGAGAAUAUCUUCCUGGAGUAUGCAGCCGAGCACCCCGCCUCGUUUGAGUCGUAUAUCAUGCGGCCCGGCAUGGUGCUUAGUCGACAGGGGACACUGGUCGAUCGGAUUCGGAGUCUGGCGCCCUCCGUGCGGGUGGACGUGCUGGCGCGGGCGGCGGUCGAUCUCGCUGUUCAGGGUCAUUCGGAGAAGAUCUGGGAGAACGCAAGGAUUGCGGAGUUGGGGGGUGUUGGUGGGCAAGAAAGUUGA